GUUUACUCAGACCCUGCUGCAUCUCUUAAAGGGGAACAUCGGCACGGGAUUGCUUGGGCUUCCUCUAGCAGUGAAGAACGCUGGGAUACUGGUUAAAGCGUUCCCCCCUCGGUUACAGCGACACGGUUGCAGUUGCCAUGGAGAUGAGUUCCUCCCAGUGCCUGAGGAGAGGUGCUCAUUUUGGGAGGCACUUGGUGAAUUUCUUCCUGGUUUACCAGCUGGGCUUCUGUAGUGUUUAUUUUGUGUUCCUGGCUGAAAACAUCAAACAGGUGAUGGAGGGAACGCAUGUGAACAGCUCGGCGGAGACGCCGCUGUUAUACUCCAACAGCUCAGAGGAGGGCGCCGCCUCCCCCGCAACGCCUUCGGGGCUGGACCUGAGGCUCUACAUGGUCUUCCUCCUUCCCUUCAUCAUCGUCCUGACCUUCAUCAGAGACCUGAGGAACAUGGCUGCCCUCUCCGCCGUCGCCAACCUCUGUAUGGCUGUCAGCCUCGUUCUCAUCUUCACAUAUAUACUCAACGAUGUGAGUGAUCCCAGACGUCUGCCGUAUGCCUCCACGUGGAGGAAAUUUCCCUUCUUCUUUGGAACAGCUAUAUUUGCCUUUGAGGGAAUUGGAGUGGUUCUCCCGUUGGAGAAUCAAAUGAGGGAACCGAAGCGAUUCCCUCAAGCCCUCAACAUCGGCAUGGGCGUCAUCAUCGUCCUUUACGUGACCCUGGCGACGCUGGGCUACCUGCGCUUCAGAGACGACAUCAAAGGAAGCAUCACGCUCAACCUUCCGCACGAUUCCUGGUCUAAUCAGCUGGUGAAGGUCUUGUACUCGUUAGGUGUGUUUGUGAGUUUUGCGGUGCAGUUUUUCGUGCCGGCGGAGAUUCUGGUUCCGGCUGUGUGCGAGCGCGUCAGGAAGAGCUGGAGACGGGCGGCUGAUCUCAGCCUGCGAGCGCUGCUUGUCUGCCUCACCUGCGUAACGGCAGUCUUGAUACAGCGGUUAGAUCUGGUGAUCUCAUUGGUCGCGCGGUCAGCAGCUCGGGCGCUGGCUCUCAUCUUCCCGCCCCUGGUGGAGCUGGUGGCGUUCCCAGUCAACCUCCUCCUCCUCCUGCUCCUCAAAGACCUCUCCAUCGCCGCCCUCGGCUUCAUCGGCUUCCUGACCGGGACCUACGUAACGCUGGAGGAGAUCAUUUAUCCAGACGACCAAGGACAGGCCCGUCUCCGUGACGACGGGAACUGGACCACACCCACUACCUCACCGCCCUGAAAACCACGCCCACAAACGAAGGACCAAUCGAAUGCACCGUUAAAGGGCACUGUCUUUUUGAAUGCCGUAACUUGCUCUGGGAUGGAGAGCUUGUCUUAUAAGGGUUGAGGUGGUAUUUUAUAGCUCAAUUUGUUUUUCAUUCCACAGGCACAUGCCUGAGGUGCGCAGCUGUAGCGCGGAUUGCAUGCAUGUGCGUUUGAGUGAUGGUGUGCAUGGGAAAUAUUUCCUCGGUGCGGCCCUAUGGACUUUCCGUGACUCCACCCUGUUCUAGAUGGAAUGGCUCGGACUCCAUCAAGCCGGUGGAGCAUAUAGCAUGACGGGCCGUCAGCAUUAAACACUGCAGGAGGGCGCCAGAGAAAUAUUGCACACUGUAAGGAAUGUACGUUCGCGCUGACUAGAGGUAUUAUUAAUAAACCAAUCGUUUCUCCCGA